CAGUAUUUAGAAAUGGCCCAAAGUCUAAAAAAAGACGCCAAGUCUAAUAUUUGGACAGCAUCAACUUCGAAUGGAAGUUCUUUCACUUCUUUAAAUAAAUAAUAAAAACCAUUUCCCCCCCAUAGAAAGCAGGGCUUGCUGUUUGCCAGCUGAUACAUUGCAAUCUUCGCUGGCUGCCUUUGGGAGAGCCUCAAUAUCUCAAACUUUGGGAAGCACUUUGGUAAUUCACCUGAAAGGCUCCCCAGGCUGAAGCUUUGUGAAGGGUACGCUCUGAAAGAGGUGGAAGAGUCGUCCCUGUCAGUGAARCAUGUUCACAGCUAAGGCAGCUUUAGGAGAAAAGAAACAUUUUCUAGAAAUAUAUUAAAAAAAGGUCUCGGUACUCCACUGURGAAGGAUUUGUGUCAGUAAAAUGAUGCUCUAAAAUGGUUCAAGGGGAAAGGAAAUCCAGGUGGCUGUGUGAAAAUAGGGGAAAAUGAUUAUGAGAAUGCUGACUUGCUGAGGAUCAUAAAUUCUAGAAUUACUGUAGCGCUACAAUUAAUGUAAAACUUGCUGUAGUAUCUAUUUGCUGGUAUAGAGGGUUUUUUUUAAGCUUUGUUACAUCAUGUGUAAUUUUUAUUUCCUUUCCUUGCAGCAGGUAAAUGCGUUGCGGCGGCAAUGACGGCGUGCAGAGUGAUCGUUCACAUUGACCUGGACUGCUUUUACGCACAAGUGGAAAUGAUCCGGAAUCCCGAGCUGCGAGACAAGCCUUUGGGUGUACAACAGAAAUACUGUGUAGUUACGUGUAACUAUGAAGCCAGAAAACUUGGAGUUAAGAAAAUGAUGCUUGUCAGGGAUGCUAAAGAGAAGGUUCCUCAGCUGAUACUGGUUAAUGGAGAGGAUCUAACUCAGUACAGGGAGAUGUCGUACAAGGUUACAGAUCUGUUGGAAGAAUUUUGUCCACUGGUGGAAAGGCUUGGGUUUGAUGAAAACUUUGUGGAUAUCACAGAGAUUGUAGAGAAAAGACUAAAACAGCUACAGCAAAGUGGAUGCUCCAGAGUAUGUGUGUCUGGCCAUGUAUACAACGACCAAGCUAUCGAUUUCCAGGACCCAGUGCACGUGAGACUAGUCCUUGGCUCCCAGGYGGCAGGAGAGCUGAGGGAAGCUCUGCACGCCAGGCUGGGCCUCACGGGCUGCGCCGGGGUGGCUGCCAACAAAGUGCUGGCCAAGCUGGUGUCUGGCACCUUCAAACCCAACCAACAAACCCUUCUGCUGCCUGAAAGCUCCCAGGAUCUGAUGCGCAGCCUUGAGCACAUCAACAAAGUGCCCGGCAUUGGCUAUAAAACCAGUAAACGCCUUGAAAUGCUGGGUCUUAAAAGUGUGUGUGAUCUCCAAGCGGUUCCACCUGCUGUGUUAGAGAAGGAAUUUGGUGUUUCUACUGCUCAGCGUAUCCAAAAACUCAGCUAUGGAGAGGAUGACUCCCCGGUGACUCCAUCAGGCCCUCCUCAGUCCCUUAGUGAAGAAGAUUCUUUUAAAAAAUGUUCAUCAGAAGUGCAAGUUAAAGAGAAAAUUGAAGAACUGCUUGCUAACCUCUUAGACAGAAUACACAAAGAUGGAAGAAAACCACACACAAUAAGACUGACCAUCCGCCAGUUCUCUUCAACUAAUAAGUGGUUUAAUCGGGAGAGCCGUCAGUGUCCUAUUCCACCUCAUCUCAUUCAGAAAUUUGGAAGAGAAAGCAGCAGUAUAAUACCCCCAUUGGCUGAUAUCCUAAUGAAGCUCUUCCACAAGAUGAUAAAUGUAGAGCUGCCGUUUCAUCUCACUCUUUUGAAUGUCUGCUUCUCCAACCUCAAAGAUCUUCCUAGCAGUAAGAAAGGAUCAAUUGGUUUUUAUCUAAAAGAGGUGUCCCCACUUUCAGCCUCUGGUAAAAACAUCCAGGAACAGGAUAAUGUCUCACAAGGAGAGGCAAGCUCUUGGAAUGAGAACUUCAAGAGAACUGGAAAUACAGCAAUGCAUAUUACAGGUUUUUCAGAAGAAAAGCAAAGCUGUAAAAGAAAGGCUGAAACAUUUCAUUUGUCUGGUGACAUUGACCAGGAAGUCUUUAGGGAACUUCCAGAAGACAUUAAGAAAGAAAUUAUUUCUGRAAGAACAGGAAAAGUGAUCCCUUCAGAGAAUGCUUUCGGUCAGCCGUCACUGUGUUUUCCAAAAGAGCUAAAUAGCGUUUCUCCAACUUCUAAAAGACUCCCGUGCCGGCUGUUCUUCCAAGCAUCCUGGAAAUACACUGCCAAAUGCUGAUAUGGAAGAAAAGCCUAAGGACCCUGCGAGUUU